AUGUCUCACUCACUUACUUCAGUUUUCCAAAAGAUUGACACUUUAAAGCCUCAAUUCUUCAGCAGAUUGACCAAGGCUAUUCAAAUCCCCGCUGUUUCUUCAGAUGAGUCACUAAGGCCCAAAGUCUUUGACAAGGCCAAGUUUAUCUCUGAGCAACUUUCGCAAUCAGGGUUCCAUGACAUUAAGAUGGUGGACCUGGGCAUUCAGCCUCCACCAAUUUCUACGCCAAAUUUGUCUUUACCACCUGUGAUUCUAUCCAGGUUCGGUGACGACCCUUCGAAAAAGACUGUGCUGGUAUACGGUCAUUAUGACGUGCAACCUGCUCAAUUGGAGGACGGUUGGGAUACUGAGCCAUUCAAGCUUGUCAUUGAUGAGGCAAAAGGUAUUAUGAAAGGCAGGGGUGUCACUGAUGACACGGGUCCCUUAUUAUCUUGGAUUAACGUUGUGGACGCCUUUAAAGCAUCCGGACAAGAAUUCCCCGUUAACUUGGUUACUUGUUUCGAAGGAAUGGAGGAGAGUGGUUCUCUGAAAUUAGAUGAAUUGAUUAAAAAGGAGGCCAAUGGUUACUUCAAAGGUGUCGACGCCGUUUGUAUUUCCGAUAAUUAUUGGUUAGGUACUAAGAAGCCCGUUUUGACUUAUGGUCUAAGAGGUUGCAACUACUAUCAAACCAUUAUUGAAGGUCCAAGUGCAGAUUUACACUCUGGUAUCUUUGGUGGUGUUGUUGCUGAACCCAUGAUCGAUUUGAUGCAAGUUCUAGGUUCGCUUGUAGAUUCUAGGGGGAAAAUCUUGAUUGACGGUAUCGACGAGAUGGUUGCUCCUCUAACCGAGAAGGAAAAGGCUUUAUACAAGGACAUCGAAUUUAGCGUUGAAGAGUUGAACGCUGCAACCGGCUCCAAGACAAGUUUGUACGACAAGAAGGAAGACAUCUUGAUGCAUAGAUGGAGGUAUCCUUCAUUGUCCAUUCAUGGUGUGGAAGGUGCCUUUUCCGCUCAAGGUGCAAAGACUGUCAUUCCAGCUAAGGUCUUCGGUAAGUUUUCCAUUAGAACUGUUCCUGACAUGGAUUCUGAGAAACUGACCUCCUUGGUUCAGAAGCAUUGCGAUGCCAAAUUCAAGUCUUUGAACUCUCCAAACAAGUGCAGGACAGAAUUGAUUCAUGAUGGUGCUUAUUGGGUUUCUGAUCCGUUCAACGCCCAAUUUACCGCUGCUAAAAAGGCCACGAAAUUGGUCUAUGGUGUGGAUCCUGAUUUUACUAGAGAAGGCGGUUCGAUUCCAAUCACUUUGACCUUCCAAGACGCCUUGAACACCAGUGUCUUAUUGUUGCCAAUGGGUAGAGGUGAUGAUGGCGCCCAUUCCAUCAAUGAAAAGUUGGAUAUUUCAAAUUUUGUUGGUGGUAUGAAGACCAUGGCUGCUUACUUGCAAUACUACUCUGAAUCGCCAGAAAACUAA